UCUAUCAGAUUUUCAUCGGCCCCCAAAUUCCAAGUGAAUCCUAAACUAACACGUUCGAUAAUAUUAUAUUGCACCAUGCCCAUGAGAUACAGGAUACGAAACUUGUUCAGGAAGAACAAACGGAAACGUCUGGCAUCCGAAAAUGAGCCGGAUACCACUGACAAUAGUGGUGGCGAUGCACAGAACACCAGCAGCGAGGAGGAAGCUAAGAAGGAGAAUCGAGUGGAGAUCCUGCCGCCUCCGCCGGUAGAGGGCGAGAUGCCCAGUUACUUCCAUGUGGGCCUCCUGGCUAAGAUGUGCCUCAUCCACGGAUACUCCAAUGGCCUUUGGAAGCUGCAGAGCACCUCGAAGACGGAUAAGGACUUCUUCCUGAGCAGCUUUGGCGAGGGCUAUCCAACCUGGAACUCUGUCUACGGUGGAUUGGAGGCCUACAAAGAAGAGGGUAACUUUCAUGCAUCCCUUGCCUGGCUGUCCGAUGGGUACAUGCUGUCCGACCUUGGAUCACGUGGAGAAGCUCUCGGCGGGACGUGGUCCUCUGUAUUCAAGUCUAUGCUCAGCACAAAUGACGGAUGUGAAUACCAAUGCAAGGUGAAGUGUGGCUUCGAACGCAAGCCCGGGAAAAUAGAGCUGUAUGUUCCUAUUUACAAGGAUCCCCUCUUUAUGGGCUACAUUCUGUGCGAACCUGCUACAAAUUAUUUGUUGGGUUACCGCACAGUACUUAAUGUGGAGGAUAAAAAAUUCGACAUGCAUGCCUUUUGCGUGGGCUAUAGCAAUAAUUCCACAGAAGUGGGAAUGAAACUUGAGAACUUCGAGACCAUUCGAGGAUCGAUUUUCCAGCGCAUUGGAGAAAAGUGGGCCUUGGCCUUGAAGGCAAACCUUUAUGGAAACGUGAAUGCCAAGAGUGUUCACGUUGGGGGCCAGUACGAGUUGGAGCCUGGCACUUUGCUAAAGGCAAAAGUGCGAGGGGAUACUCGCAUUGGGUUUAUUUUUCAACGUAGAUUUCGUGAGGACAUUGAAGCUUUGUUUCACGUUUGCUUCGAAGGAAAAGAUCCCAUCAAUGGAAAGCAUAAAUUUGGCGCCUCUUGGUACUUUAAUAUGUAGGCGAUAAAUUAUCGUGUUUGUAAUCUUUUAAAAUGAAAA